UAGACGUUACUUGUUUCCCUCAGUGUCUGUUUAAGAUUUCGCGGGUGUAAUGACACGUCACACUGGGAUUAGAGGAUGUGGGCUGGUCCUGUAAUAAAAUCCUGCUCGGCUCUGCUCAAACUCUGAUUCAGCUGCUGCUGCUGCUUCUUCUGCUGCUUCUGCUGCUGCUGCUGUCGAACACACGGAGCGUGUCAGCGUUUCACAGACACGAGCCUGUGCGUCUGUGGGAGAACAAUCACGGAAAAGACACGGUUGAUCGGUAAUUUUACGAGGACUAAUGCGGGAUACAUCCACGGGCUUCCUCUGGGUGGGUGGGUGGAUGGAUGGAUGGAAGGCGCGUGAAGCUCCACGAGCGCACCUGCCUGUCGUUUCUGCAGAGUGAGGAGUAAAAACCGGAGGAGAGGUUGUCAUGGAGACAUGAGAGCGGCGAUGCUGUGACCACUGGACCGAAGACAGAAGGACAAAUAAACAUCCGUUUGGACGAGUUGUGCGGGACUGGAUCAAAGGCACCGCUGCGACAGACGUUUCUUGCGUGAGGACGCGCGCGAGGUGAUCCACGAGCUGACUCCUGCAUUCACACGGACACGCACACGGAGGAUAUGGUCCCCGGGGCCCCCGGCAUCGCCAGCACCACCACCAUGCUUCCAGCAUCCGAGGCUGCCAAGAUCUACCAGACCAACUACGUGCGCAACUCCCGCGCCAUCGGCGUCCUGUGGGCCAUCUUCACCAUCCUCUUCGCCAUCGUCAACGUGGUGUGCUUCAUCCAGCCCUACUGGAUCGGGGACGGCGCGGACACCCCGCAGGCGGGCUACUUCGGUCUGUUCCACUACUGCAUCGGUAACGGGCUGUCCCGAGAGCUGACGUGUCAGGGCAGCUUCACGGAGUUCAGCAGCAUCCCGUCCAGCGCCUUCAAGGCCGCCUCCUUCUUCAUCGGCAUGUCCAUGGCGCUCGUGCUCUCGUGCAUCGGCUGCUUCGCGCUCUUCUUCUUCUGCGGCACCGGCACCGUGUACAAGAUCUGCGGCUGGAUGCAGCUGGCUGCAGGCACGUGUCUGAUCCUCGGCUGCAUGAUCUACCCCGACGGCUGGGACAGCGACGAGGUGAAGAGGAUGUGCGGCGAGCAGACGGACAAGUACACGCUGGGCGCCUGCUCGGUGCGCUGGGCCUACAUCCUGGCCAUCAUGGGCAUCAUGGACGCUCUCAUCCUCUCCUUCCUCGCCUUCGUCCUGGGAAACCGCCAAGACAGCCUGAUGUCUGACGAGCUGCUGGGAGAAAAGACCGGGAACAACGCCAUCUAACUUUAAGACGGAGGAAAAACAGUCACACAAACAAACACAGGUCUUUCUGCCGAGAUGUGACACGUUACUCCAGGACCCAGCUUCUCUCUCCUCGUCCGUCUUGUGGAUGCAGAGCUGAUGUGUGAAGAGUUCAUAGAAGAAUUAAACUUCUCCAGAAGAGGUCGUCGUCGUCGUCGUCCUUGUCGUCUGGACAAAGAUGACCUCGCGGCCGUGUGGAGGUGACCGGGACGACCUCACGUCCUCCAUCAAAAAUACAGAAUUGUCUGAAUGUACCUGUUGGGCCGCGUGUCCAUGUGAGGAAAGCUGCCGUCGUUCACGCUCAGCUGUGUGUGGGCAACAAAAGAAAAAGAGUCUUCAUGGGACUCAGUGACAUCCGUCAGGACAUUUC